CUCUGUAAACCACAGUCCACAGCCCCAAGAUCACCGCGCUCUCUCCAACAUCUCCUGACCAAAGCGAAUCCAGCAUCACCGGCCGGGGUCCAGGAGGCAGCAUGGCUGACGACCAGCAGCCGCCGGCGCAACGGUACUGGUUCCCGUACUGGACCGCGCCUGCUCCUCGGCCGGUCGCCCGCCCGCAGCUGUCGAGGCGGGAAACUCGCCCGGCACCGUCACCGUCACCUCCUGCAACAGCGUCGCCGUCGCGGCGGCCGUCGCAUCCGCAACAGGCGGCGACGCCGGCAUCCAGAAGCGCUGGCAGUGGUGUCCCUGAUCCACCUGCCCAGCCGCAGCCGACGCGGCUGUCCAGCAGGCCAUCGCCGUCGCCUUCCCGCGUUCCGCCACUGUCGCCCAUUAGAGAGCCCAACGCCAGGGCGCCGGUGCCGUCACCGGCACCGGUUGCCAAAGAGCACAAGCAGCCUUCUCCUCUUCAUCAUACCGAGCAUGGUGUUCCUAAGCAAAAAGACAUCACCGUUCCGCAAGAGAAAACCAUCCAUAAACCGCUUGUAGCAUCCAAGACACAAACCAAGACCCCAGAGAAAGAAAAAGACAAGGAAAAGGGAAAGGAGAAGGAGAAGGAAGGCAGCCAGCUGCACAAGGAAAAAGAUAAGGAGAAGAAAGACAAGGAGAAGGAAAAGGAAAAAGAUAAAGAGAAGGAGGAUCAUAAAGAUAAGAAAGACAAGGAUCACAAAGAGAAGAAAGAAAAGAAUAAAGAGAAGGAAGGCAGCCAGCUACACAAGGAGCUCAAGGCGGGUGUCGCCGACAUGGUGCACACGCUCAGCUCUUCGGCACCGUCAUCCGGGGGCGGCCACGAGCGUGCUGGCUCUGCGGCGGCGGGAACAACAAUCAUCACGCUGGCCGGCGAGAACAAGGGCACGUCCAUGAAGGUAGACAGCAGCGCCGUAGCCUACGGCACGGCGGACGCGGCGGGCAGCAAGGAGCGCCGCGGCCACAAGCUCGACGGCAGCGUCAUCGUGAGCGGGAAGGAGCAAGCUGGGGCCGGCAAAGGGCUGACAGCUUUCGUCAACAGCAACGUGCAGGUCAUCAACAACUCGCUGCUGCUGCAGAGCUCCUGCCACGGCGGCGACCUGGGGGUGCACCUCAAGCUGUCCACCAAGGCCAAGAAGAAGGACGGCAAGGAAGCCGGGGGCAAUAGUGGCUCUGCUGCUGCGCCAAAAAAAUGAUCAACCUUCAUCCAUAUCGCUGGCGCGCUGCAUGCAUGGCUAUCGAGCAAUGACUAAUAAUUAUUUGUUAAGUAUCAAUCAAAACAGAGAGUUGGACGGACCUGGUUAGCGUCGUCGAUUAUUUAUAUGUACAACAUGGAUGUGAGUUCGCAAAAAUUCGUGCUGAAUGAUGCCUGUAAAACCUAACAAGAUGCCAAAAUGGGCUAAUCAAGCAACCAAAUCUCUGUGUAC